UUGAGCUUCCAACGGUUGCACCGUCAAGAUGUUUGCUGAGGAACUCAAGACGCUACGCCGACUAGGGUUUCGACACCUACUCCUCCAACUGCUCAAUUUCGCAUCCGUGAUAGCUUCGGGAUUGAUGAUAUGGAAGGGGUUGGGGCUUUUCUUCAACACUGAGUCUCCUAUCGUGGUAGUCUUGAGUGGUUCCAUGGAACCCGCAUUUUAUCGGGGCGAUCUACUGUUUUUAACCAACCCUGUGAACGAAAGGUACCAAACCGGUGACAUUACUGUCUACAAGAUACCCGGCGUCGAAAUACCUAUUGUCCACCGUGUUCUGGAAACUCAUGAUGUGUUCAUUUCGAAUUCGACUCGGAAGUCAAGGAAGGAUUUGUUGGCGAGGUAUUCACCUGGCCACAACCAACUUCUGCUCACAAAGGGUGACAAUAACCACGCUGACGAUAUCGAAUUGUAUCGCGGUCUGGAAUUCCUUGAACGACGACAUAUUGUUGGGAAAGUGCGCGGAUUUGUCCCAUAUAUUGGCUACAUCACGAUCGCUAUGAACGACUUUCCGCAAUUGAAGUAUGCGAUGUUGGGUGGAUUAGGUUUGUUAGCUCUUCUGCAGCGAGAAUAGUGUGCUCGUCAUCCUCUGGGACACGUAAUGCGGGUUAUAAUAUCAUAAAUUCAACCUUGG